AUGCCAUACGACAUCCUUUCCAAAACAGCAUUGAAAACGAGUGAAACUCUGUUAAAUGUCCCCAACGCAAAUACACACCCUGUUCUGAUAGCAAGGUAUAUGCUCCAGCUUGCCACCGUCUUGCAGCAUCUACACCCCGAUCUCCACGAAGGAAUACAGAGUCUUUCAGAGACGCCAAGGACCACCAUGGAACGAUUAGCGAAUCUUGCUAUCGAUCUCGUGAUAACAAAAGAUGAGUUUCUUGGGAGCAUUGAGGGUUUAGAAUGCAUCAUGAUUGAGAGCAUGUAUCAGGCGAAUAUCGGGAGUUUGCGACGAAGCUGGGUAUCAAAUCGAAGAGCCAUGGGAAUUGCUCAGCUGAUGCGUCUCGACCGAUCGGAUCAUCGGACUCAGUUCGAAGUGCUCGACCCGAACACAAGAUGCCACCCACAGAUCAUGUGGUUUCGAAUCGUGUUUCUGGACCGCCAACUGUCUUUACUAUUGGGUCUUUCUCAAGGAUCGCUGGACCGUACCAUGGCAUCCGACGUGAUGCUUCAAAGAGAAACCCCCAUUGGCCGUCUUGAACGAAUCCACUGUGUUCUUUCAUCGAAGAUUCUGGAGCGCAAUGCUUCAAGCUCUCAUUCAACGCCCCAUGACUACUCCAUGAUGAAAACCCUCGACCUGGAGCUGCAGAAAGCGGCAAGGGGACUCCCUAGCAAAUGGUGGUUGAUACCAACCUUGAACGCCAGCUUAACCGACUCGCAGGCCAUUUUCUGGGACACACGGCGAUUGUUUGCUCAGGUACUUCAUUACAACCUCGUCAACCAUCUCCAUCUACCUUAUAUGCUUCGCUCGUCUUCAGCGGGGCGGAAAUACGAAUUCUCACGAAUCACAUGUGUCAAUGCCUCACGGGAAGUUCUCUCACGCUUCAUCACGCUCCGCCGCUUUAAUCGAAUUGCCUACAGCUGUCGCACAAUCGAUUUCCUUGCCCUGAUGGCCGCUAUGACCUUGCUGUUAGCUCACCUCGAUAGCCACUCAGAGGCAGAGAAUCUACUUGCCCAUCAAUACUUGAGCGACCGUGCCAUGAUUGAACAGGCACAAGAGAAUAUGCAAGAAGUCAACAGCUUGAAUUCAGAUGCAAUGAGUGCAAAGAGCGCCGAAUUGCUACGCCGGUUAUUGGCCAUUGAAUCCGGGCCGUUGGAUGGUUCCGGGAGAAUCAGCGUGCAGGGAUUUGCCACUGAAACAGUGCCGGACCAAAAUGACGAUGUUGUCGUUACCGUGAACAUUCCCUAUUUUGGCAUUGUUAAGAUUGCCGGCGGGGGCAUGCGCAAGGAGGCCCCAAGAAAUCAAUAUCCUCAACAACGGACAGACUCGAUAUUUAAUCACCUACCUCGAUUUCAAACCAUGAAUAUGCCUUGUAAAACAAGGCCUGGAAACGUCCAUACUGCAGAUCCCUUGCGUCAUGGCGGAAUCGCUAAGACUCACGAAAUGCCAAAUGUUGAAGCCAUGAAACCGCGUGUGGAUGCUCGUUUUGAUCGCCUCGAGAUGUCUUCCAUGUCACCAAAUCCUUUGACUGCCACUGGAACAGAUGGGUCUGCUUCGAAUAGCGUACCUCAAAUCAAUAAUCUCUUUUCGGAUCCUUUCUUUCAGAAUCCUGGGUUGACCGCCGGGGGACAGGACUGGGCAUUCCAGGGCGUUGACAUGGCUUUCUUUGACAACCUCAUGAACAACGGGGGGACCGGGGAUACUGAAUGA